AUGGCUCGGGUGCUGACAAUACGGUACGAUUUACAUCCUCCCGUCUACUUAAAUUCGGCAUCUUCGCCGUCCAGCGGUCCCGUCGAGCACUUAACAAGCUUGCGAGACGGCCCACUGGCAACUAUUUCAAUAGACUCAUCGAGAGCUACCUCGCCUGCCGCCUCCAGUGUCCAAGCAGUUGGAUCGCCCGGCCAGCGGCCGUCGCGUGGGUCCCCCGAGUCGCUUCCAUCUUUGCCGAAGUACCCUGGCGCCUGGGACUCUCUGUCUUCAUCGCCUGAAAACCGCAAAGCGAACAGUGCAUAUUUCACUGCAGCCUGGGGAUCACCAUAUGCAACCCCCAGCCCGCGACGACCCUCGUGGACAUUAAGUCAUAGGCCUAGCCUGGGCCUUGCCUCUCGGGAUACCUCCCCAGCAAGAGGGCGUGGUCACAUCUCAACGCGUGGUCUUGAAUCAUUGCGAAAUACCUCAGCUUCUAGCCAAUUCCCUCGGCAUCUGUAUAGUUCUAUUGGUCGACCUACGACAAGAGACAUCUCCGGCCCGGUAGUCGAUCCCUCCGUGAAACAAUUUACGCAGGAUUGGAUCAACCAGUACCUCUCUGGCCAGCCAAGAACGGAACGAACAAAUUGGUUGAGUGACGACGAGGAAAGUGAAGCACCAUCCUUUACUACUGCUCGGAACAAUUUCGGAGACGAUCCAACAGAAGGCUGGCUUGGUCUUGACGAUCCCCGCGACGAAGAACUUUUAAGGACCCCUACAGCGGCCAAAUCUGUUUCCAAGAAAGCUAACGGAGGACUCGAUAUCAGUAAACGAGGACGGUCCCGCCCCAAGCACCUGUCUACUCAAAGCACAGCCACUCUCAAGCAAGAAGAUUUCUGGGGUUUCGCAUUCGGAGACGAACCACAGUCAAACGCAAUGGCAGAUAUCAAAGACACACCGGAAGUACCGGUGGAGAAUGAGGUGGCUACUCCUAUCUCUCCAAUCGAAAAGCCGUUACCGCCUCCACCACCAGGAAACAACAACAACAACAGCGACGAUAAACCCGAAGAGGACAAACCGGAGCCAGCUCCCCGUCCCGCAGUUCGCCAGACUUCUCAACGCCAAAAGAAAAAAAUACCGUGGCGCGGCAAGGCUUGUAUUAUUUCAGUCCCCCCCCACGACCUCAGAGGAUCCGAGGAGGCAGUACAUCGCCUGUUGAGCAAAGCAGAUGUCGAAGACCGAUUAAAGCAAUGGCGUGAGGAAGGGUACCAUGUUGAUGGAUUUGAUGUUUUCGCCCCAGAGCUGGGAUCUGUGGACACUCAAGAUGGCGGUUUCAGUCGACUGCCUUAUCCAGACCCAGGUGAUUUCAAACAGGAUCGGGAAUCUAAAAACUACUCUGUCCGGUUCCCAAAUCUAGGCGAAUGGCAAGCAUAUGUCAACGAUCUACAAGAAGAAAAACUCCGAAAGCUGGGUGUAUUCUUGGGCGAUGAUGAGCCACCUGCAGCAGCAGCUUCUCCUGCGUCUAUGGCAGCAAUGAACCACGUGGCAUCGUUCCCCAGUCAUAUCAUGUCUCCUCCUAUCCCGACUUCUUCGGCCGCCAGCAAUCCUUUAUUCGGUUCACAUCCAUUCUCUCCUCAUUUCAAUCAAUCUACAAAUCCAAGUACGAAUGCGGAAUCCAUGGCUUCACCACCGCCCCAAUUUGGUGCCCAACACCCAUACUUCGGUAUGGACGGUAACCUAGUAGCAGGUUUGCCAUACCCAUAUCAACCGACACCUCCCCUUGCCGGCUCUCUUACUCCCCAAAGUCUAUUGAAUGCGCGCCAAGCAAGCGUUAUUUCACCCGGUGCAAACGGGUUGCCAAGUCUGAACUCCAUUUUUUCGCCUGUAUCCCCUCUCAAUGCGGAGGAUAUGUUCAGUCAACAUUCAAUGGAAGGUUAUGGGGGCAGAGAUUUUGUUAACGCCUCCGCAAAUCAUGACUCUAUAGGGCACGAUUACCAAACUCGCGAGUCGCGGGCUGCAACUCUUAUAAUGGACGAAGCUCAGGCUAAUGCCGAACACUUCCAGUCGUCGAAUGUGGAAAUUGCUCAACCCACCCCGCGUGGCCAUGACCGUAACCUAAGUGAGACGUUACAAAAAGGCUUAGACCGAUACUCGGAGACCGAUCACCAUUUGGAGAAUUCGAUCCAAAGACAAUUGGAGAGAUCUGAAAAUGAUCUACAGAAAUCUCGCUGGGCUCUUCCUGAAGAAGAAGUCCAGCCUUCUCCUACUCACCCACAGUUCCCUAUACAGGACUCUUUCUCCACUGGUCACCAUCGCCUCUUUGGAGAGCAGCAACCUAUCAACAAUACCCAAGAUGCCGAUGAAAUUGAUACAAAUCCUAGUCUUGCGGGAAGCCCUCGCGACAAUAAAGUCGACAUGACUCACCAUCCUUGGCACAGUGCGGACCCAAGUGCGGGUUCAUUUGCAACCGGUCACAAGUCGAAAUCUUCUCUGACCGGUCUCAAUGUUGAAGCCAAGGAAUUCGACCCAACGGCAUCAUUCUCGUCGAAUGCUUUUACCUUCCAUGGUGACUCAUUCGAGACCAAUGGUUAUGCAAAUGGGUCGAUAUUUUCGCCAGCAUCUUCGGUCUUCAAGCCCAGUGGAUCCUUGGGCAGCUUCAACGUUACAGCUCCUGCAUUUACCCCCUUUGGUAACGGCAGCCUAACUAACGAAAAUACCUCCUUUGUACCGAACUCUUCCAAAGGAUUUACUUUCUCAGCCGCAUCUUUCAACGCAGAUGCUCCUGUUUUCAACCCUGGAGUAAGCCUCACAUCAAAUAUCUCCGUGGCACCUGAUCAAUUCAAGAGCAGUAUUUUCGGAGAUAUCGACUUUAGCCAAUCAUCCAAUCCUUCCAAAAAUUCCAAGGCUAUUCCUAUUGUGCGGCCUGAUGACGAAGAAGAUGAACAUCAAGAGAUUGUUGAACCUGGUGUGCAGGGUCCCCAGAAACGUGCUCGUCGUGGUGCUGGGGAAUCUGAUCAAGAUGCUACAUUACCCACCCCAUCACCGUUGGGAGAAGCGGCUCAAGCUCAAGCGCCACCAGCCCCUGGUCAGGGACACAAGCCCGCCGAAGGUAAAGAGAACACAGUGCCUUCAGAAGAAACUGUCGACGUUCCUGUGAAGCCUUCAAGCCCUGAUACCAAACGCCGUCGUGCAGAAGAUGAAGAACCUAUUGAGAAAGACACAUCAGACAUUGUUCUUGACAAAGAUAUCCCACCUGCUGUUGUCAAGGAUGAUACUCCUGAACUGUCGGAAUCUAAACUUGAGCCUGAAGCUUCUGUGGACAUUCCUGAGGAACAAAUCCAAGACGAGCCCAAAGAAGAGCCCAAAGAAGAGUCCAAACAGGAAGAUGUGGUGGAAGCAAUAGAGGAGCCAGCUCCUGCUUUGCCUGAAACUGUUACGGAACCUGUCACGGAUACCCCAAAAACGGAACCGCCCAGAAGAAAAUCCAUUUUCGAAGCGAUGCGGUCAUUCUCUUUCCGACCUUCGAUCUCCGAAUUCGUUCCCUCAACAAAACAAAAUGAUGAAACUGCUCAGCCUGAACCGAAGGCCGAUCCCACCAAGUCUGAGCCCGAAAAGCCGAAGGCCGGUCUCUUUGCAUCACGUUACGCUGUCGAGGAGACAGAAACGCCUGCAACUCCCACUGCUGAAUCCAAAUCGGAACCUCGGUCGCUCGAAGCCGUCAAAGAAGAUGACCGUGAGGGUGAUCAAGAUUCUCUUAAUGAAGCAGAAUUGAACGCAGUGAUGGAUCAGCUUAAUGGGGAUGAUUCAGAUGUCGGAAUAGAACGAGUUAUCACUCCUGGUCAAGUCACUUCACACACCCCAGAAACACUUUCUGCACAACAACCACAUCUUCCUCACAUCAUUCGCAGUGACGCUCCAAGCCCAAGUCCAAGACGCAACCUGGAACAACUUGUGCGAAAUGCUCCAAGGCUUGGAUCCGACAUGGAUGCUCAAUCUCAAAAUGCGUACUCGCAACGAGACUUGCCGUCUGGCGCACAGUCUCCUGUCCGUCAACUUCUAAGCAUGAACGAGCACAUUAGCGACUGGGAUGAUGUCAUUUCAUCGGGUGAGGACGAGAAACUGGUUCAACGAAGCAAAUUCUUUGAUCGUCAUAUCAAUGACCUGGUGGGACAGGUCCUGGAGGAGCGCCUUGGUCCUCUUGAAAAUGCGCUUGGUGUUAUUCAAGAUUCUGUCAUCUCAAUGAACUCGCGGUCAACCAGCCGACAACCACUGCGCAGUAGGUCUGACGUGGAGCACAGCGAUGCUGACGACGAGGAUGACGAAGAAGACGCUCGACCAGUGAGCCCAGUCAACAAACGAGACAGAAAAUUAGAGAAGAUGAGAGGAAUUAUUCUAGAAGCACUCUCUGCUCAUGGAGUUGCGAAAGAGCCUUCCCCACCUGCGGCUGGAUUGUCUGCAAUUCAAGAAAGUAUCGCUGAGCUGAAAUCCUUGGCGGCCAAACCCGACACUCCUAAUAUCAAGGAAUUGAUUCAAGAAGCUUUUGUUGCGCAAGCACAAACUGGUGCUAAGAAGUUGACCGAAGCUGAAGAAAUCGGGGCUGACAGCCUGAAGCUACAACUGGACGGUCUUAAGAGCAUGCUUCGUUUGGCUGAUGAGCGUACUGAGCAAGAAAUCAAGGCACGUCGUGAUGCACAGGAGGCUUUGAUGGAAGUCCAAAAAAUGUUGGGCCAUACUGAAAGUGAAGCUGAACGCUACCGUCAAGCUGCCGAGGAUGCAGAGUCAGAUCUUCGCAAAUUGCGAGAGGAGAAGAUUCCCCAGUUCGAGAAGAUCCAAAACCGCUCUGAAGCUGUCGAAAAACAGCAGGAGUCCUGGGAAUUAACCCUUUCAGAACUCUCUGCAAAGAACAUCGCCCUUGAGGGUACUCUUGAUGAGUACCGCGUUUCACACGAUCACUGGAAGAAGAAGGUUGCGGCGACAGAAGAAGAGAACAAGGAACUCCACACCAAGACAGCACACCUCAGUUCUCGUAUUGAAGACAGCAUGCGCGCUCGACAAAGCUUGCGUAGCAAAUUUGAUCGUCUUCAGGAUGACAUGGUGAAUGUAACCCGGGACAUCGCUCGUGAACAGGCAAAGGCACGCAAGAUCGAAGAAGAUCUUACAUCCAAACACAAUGCUCUUCGCGCUGCGUACGACAGAGAAGUCAAACUUCGCGAGAAGCUGGAACUAGAUAUUGACGAGCUCGAGAAAUCGGAACGCGAAGCAUCGAAAUUGAAGUUCAUUUUCGGUCAAUCUCAGGAAGAAAACCACCGACUUGAGGAGCUUGUCGCAACUCUGCGCAAAGAAAGCCAUGAACACCAGGGUAAUGCAGCUCGCUUUGAACGUGAAUUCAACGAAGCUCGCGAAAGCAGUCGCGUGGAGAUCCAGCGGGCAAGGACUUCAAUGGAAGCCGACCUGGAAUCCGCUAACAACCAAGUCAACUAUGUUCGUGCACAGCUUGAAGCUGAAAUUAACCGUCUAGAGAGCCAGGUUGAAAAUGUUCGUCUCGAUGCCGAUACUACUAAGGAGCGCUACGAGCUUCUCUUGGAGGAAGCCCGCGAGAACAAAGCUUCUGCUCUGGCUGAACUUGGUUCUUCCAAAGAUAUGGCCAUUGAAGAACAACGCAAGACGCAUGACCGUGUCCUCAACGAUCUGCGUGAGCGCCACGCCCGCGCUUUGCACAACUCCUCUGAAGAUCGGCAACGUAUCGAGUCUCACACGAGUGAGAAACUCACCUUGGCCAACGAAAAGGUGGCUCACUUACAGGACCGUGUGGCGCAUCUAGAAGAGAAGCUAGAGAUUACCAAAUCAGCAGCACUUGCAGCUGCCCAGGCUGCCCAAGCUAAGGGAGUCUCCGUAUCUCCAAGCCCUGCCAAACAUUCCUCGUCACCAUCAUUGUCCUACAGACAGGACUCUGGCCCCGAAAAGAUUUCCCCUCAAGCUCUCCGAGAAUCUAUCCUUGUUCUGCAGGAUCAAUUACAACAGCGCGAAACUCGUAUCGAAGAACUUGAGCAAGAGGUGUCUGAAAUUGACAAGGAUGCGCCAAAUAAGAUCAAAGAGAAGGACACGGAAAUCAAUUGGCUUCGAGAAUUGUUAGGUGUCCGUGUCGACGAUCUUCAGGACAUCAUCACAACACUCUCGCAGCCUUCUUUUGACCAGAACACUGUUCGUGAUGCCGCAAUUCGCCUCCGUGCCAAUCUGCAAAUGCAACAGCAAAUGAAAGAGCGGGAAAUGGCAGGCGGACAGCCAUUCCCAUCGCUGGCUGACAUUGCAGCUUCUCCACGCUCGUUGCCUCUCGCAGCAGCAGCGGCUUGGGGCAGUUGGCGAAAAGGCAGGGAGUCGUUCACUUCAGAAGCUGGAGGCUCACAAACACCUUCAAAAUCGAAUAACACUGGUGGGUUUCUGUCAGGACUCUUGACUCCACCUAACUCAAAUGUACGAUAUACACCCAAAACUAUGACAGCGCCGCCUGGAAUGGGUAAGAUGGGCCCUCGUCGAACAGCAUCCGAAAGUCGUCCGUUGAGAGGAUCCAAUCAAAGCCCACGUUCUCUAUCUACACGACAGGCCGACAAGUUACCUGCUGUUCCCCAAGAGCAAUAUGAACCACCGACAACCCCACCACUGCUUCGAGGAUCCAGCUAUGACCAUGAUGCCGAGCCGAACAGCUACGAUUCCAGCGCUUUGCUAGAUGACAGCGACAGCAUCAUAGCCCCUGACUCACCCAGGGCAAUAACAGAAGAAGCUCUCUUUUCGACACACGAGUAA